CUUAUAGAUCAUGGAUGUUACGCGGCUUUACGCCAAUUUCUAGAGAGAGAAAACGUUAGAUUUUAGAGAGAGAAAGAGAAAGACGAUGUCGAUGAAGGGUUCCAAACGGCCGAUCCAGGUGGUCCGGACAUGGGUACGUAGGCAACCGCCGAAGGUGAAGGUGUUCCUUGCAUUUAUCUGCGCCAUCGCCGCCCUCGUCUUUAUCCGUAUGGUGGUUUACGAUCACGAUAGCCUCUUCAUUGCCGCCGAGGCUGUCCAUGCUCUCGGAAUCUCUGUUCUUAUUUAUAAACUCGCCACCGAGAAAACUUGCGCCGGUCUUUCACUAAAAUCACAAGAACUCACAGCAAUUUUCUUAGGUUCUAGACUCUACUGCAGUUUUGUAAUGGAAUAUGAUGUGCACACUUUGCUAGAUUUGGCUACAUUAGCAACCACCAUUUGGGUUGUUUAUAUGAUGCGUUUUAACCUAAAUGCAAGUUACAUGCAUGAAAAAGACAACGCCCCAAAUUAUUAUAUUGUGAUACCUUGUGCUAUAUUGUCUUUAGUGAUUCAUCCUACAACACAACAUCACAUUAUAAACAGGAUUCUUUGGGCUUUUUGUGUUUAUCUUGAAGCUGUUUCAGUGCUUCCACAACUUCGUGUUAUGCAGAAUACCAAGAUUGUUGAACCAUUCACAGCACAUUAUGUGUUUGCUUUAGGAGUUGCAAGGUUUCUAAGCUGUGCACAUUGGAUUCUUCAGGUGUUGGAUACUAGAGGACGGUUGUUGACAGCUUUAGGAUACGGAUUAUGGCCGUCGAUGGUUCUUCUUUCUGAAAUUGUCCAAACAUUUAUACUUGCUGAUUUCUGCUAUUACUAUGUUCAAAGUGUUAUGGGUGGGCAACUUGUGUUACGUCUUCCUUCUGGAGUAGUGUGAGUUGAAAGAUGGCAAAGUUGAUUUGACUAAAAUGCCCUUAUAACAGAGAUAGUAAGCAUUAAGCAACAUCUUUUUUUCUUCUUUUUUCUUUUUUACUUUUUUUUUUUUUUUUUGCAUGC